AUGACUAAUAAAAGUCUAGAAACUUCAUUGGCCUCAGUUCUCAAUUCAGUUUUUCAAUCCCGUCCCAUAUCAUCCCCUCACCUUGGGACUGUUAAUCCCUCUCAUAUCUCCCUCCCGCUCAAUGUGUUGGGAAAAAAUCUUUCAGGCAAAGAAGAUAUUGAGAUGGGCGCCCUUAGUGAAUUAUCAUCGUCAUCUGAAGACGAAGAUUCUGAGCAUUCGCCAGCUAGGCCUGCGAAAAAAACAAAUCCUGAGGUGCAACCGUCUGACAAUGACAAUACCGACGAUGAAGAAUCUUCAUUGUCAUCAUCAGAUGAGUCUACAGACAGUGGUGUCAAGAAGCCUAUUGGGAAUACCUCAGGCAACAGGGGUGGAAGGGGUGAUCCUGGAAACUUGAAGAAACCCAGGGUUGGCUCAUCAAAGGUAGACACUAAGGGACCCAAAGCGGAGGGUUCCCAAGCAACUGGUGGCAAGGAUAAUCCUAGGAAACGCUCUCGAUUCGGUUCUAUUGGGAAUUCUCCAGAUAAGCCAAUCAAUGUUGAUGAGUUUCUCUCAAUGUUUGAACCUGCAAUACUGCACGAUUAUCAACAAUUCCUGUUUGCAUAUAUCUCAGGAAAGAGGAUGAUAUAUAAAAAUAAUGUCAUGCAGACCAUUCCUCAUUGA